AUGAAAUUUACCAUUUCCACUAAUAUCGAAGAGGUACUGUUUAAAGGAAGAGCUCGCGUCAAUGAAAUGAGGCUGAACGACUUUCUUACGAGGGAACUGGGCGGUAGGGGCGUUGUGGACACCAAUCGGAGUGUUUUGCUGGAGGAGUUUUUUAAGGAACCCACGAGGUAUAUCCACGAUGAGGGAGUACUGAACGAAAUAAAGACAACACAUUGUUAUUGGAGUAUGGAGUGCACUGUAAAGGGUGAAGUGAAUAUGGAAGAGGAUGUAAAGAAGCUCCACUAUAAGCAUGUAAGUACUCUGCUGGGGUGGUCAUUAGCUACUCCGGAGGUAAAAGAAAUUGUUCAUUGGAUCACUAAGGAAUCUUUGGAUGCAUUCCUUGAGGAAGUGAGGAACCCAAUGAGGAUGAGUGCAUCGAAUAUACUGGAGGGAUGCUACGAGUCUGUGUACAAUGCGAGGUGGCAUCAUGUCGUGGAAGUUCCUGGUGGCGAGGGGACGGGAAUGGAAGUGAAGAAGGGAAGACCACCACAGCAAUGGACUUACAAGAAAGUUGGCCGAACUCUCGAAAAGGAUGACGGUGCGCAGCAGUCCGGUGCGGCGCGUCUCAGGCUGAUGGUGCUCACCUCGGACAAGGCAUGGCCGUGCACAUGGAAUCGGAAGGGGGUGGAAUCCACUCGUGACUGCUACGUGAACUGUGAGGUGGAGCGAGUGUGGCAGAUCGUCAAGGGCGAUCUAACCGCGUGGUUCAGCACUCACCGUGGGACCGACUUUACGCCCGAGCGACGUGUGUUGGUUGGGACGCCCGGGAUCGGGAAGUCGAUGGCUGCCGGCUCGUACCUCCUCUACCAGCUGCUGCAAUACGACGUGAAUAAACUCCAAAUGGUUGUUUACUUUAUUGCGGAUCGAACAUUUCUGUUUGACAAGACCAGCAGGACGGUGUCGACGUACAUGGGCGACUUCAGUAAUGCGUCUGUUGCGUGGAUUAUGUCUGACCGUGGGAUGAAGGGGUAUAUUAUCCACGACGUGGCAGAGCCGGAUGAUGCGCCGUCUGACGAUUUGCCUCCCAGGGGAUGGGGCAUGGUUUUGGUGUCACCCCCAUUCGAGAGUAACUACAAAGAAUGGGUGAAGCGGAGCGACGCCACAGAAAUAGUUAUGGAUUGCCCUGGUGAAAGCGAUGUGAAGGCGAUGUGCGUUUGGAUGAGGCGCCAUCAGCCCGUGCGGGAGCAAGCGGAGUACUGGAAGGUGGUGAAGAGCCGAAUGGAUGAAGUGGGACCUAUUCCACGUUAUAUCUUUGACGGGCGAAAGUAUGAUAAUUGGGUUCAACGGUGUCACAAGACCGUCGAUGAGGCGACCUCUUCUGUAAUCGCGCAAUACAGUGGUUUGGGACGUGAUGUAUCCUGGUAUCGUACGAAGGUGCUCUACUGGGUUGCGAGGGUUGUCCGAGUACGAGGUGAAAAUUUCGGUUCUGAAUUUUUUUCCAAUGUACCGGUGUCUGCUCACCUCGGAAAUAAAACAUUAUUCAAGUCGGCGAAGUUAAUGCAGCAGAAUUAUUUUAAUUUGCUCAUAUCGUGGCUGAGGGAUUAUCUCAUAUCAGAAAAUUUUGGAAGGUGCACCGUGUUUGCAUUUUUGAAUGGAUCUUUUGUGCGUGCAAUAGAACGCAGACUGAGGGAGCUGAGGCCAUCACCACAACGUCAGUCCCACCGCUGUGCGCUGGCGGUGUACUCACGGGAGCGCUCCACCAGGCACCAUGUCUUACCGCCACUGGAACAUGUUUCUGAGAGGAUUGAUUUGGAGUGCGGGGUGCUGUACGUAACGGAGGUGGAAAACUUUCCGCUGGUGGACGGCUUUUUCUUUGUGAAGUCAAAUCCAAUGACGCUGGUUGGGCUGCGGAUGGCUACGGCGGGUGGGCACCACACCACCGCCAGCCCUGUGAGACAGUUCACUGAGUAUCUGACGGCAUAUUUUAAUGGCUGGGAGGAGUUAUCGCGAAAACUGUCGUGGGAGAUUAUUUAUGUGCAGCAGGCAGACAGCACGCCGAUGAAUGACUGA